AUGCUCGGUCCAACACCAACUCCUCGGCAGCAGCACGUGGCUAAGUCCAUCCUUGUCCUGGCGGCCCUCUCCGGACAAACCACGACAACUACAGGAUCAGCAACAACAUCUGCAGGAUCAACAAUUGCAGCAACAGCAGCACUGACUAUGGGAUCGACAACGGCAAAUGCUGAACCAAAAUCAGCAGCAAAUGUACCAACAACGAAAACUUCUGAACUUACAACUCAAGCACAAAUAUCGACCACUGCUGAUCCAAAAAAAGCAACAACUGCAGGAAUAGCCUCAGAACCAACAACUUCUACAUCAGGACUACCAACAACAACAGCAGUAGCAACAACAACAUCUGCAGGAUCUACAUCCACAACAGAAGGACCAACAACU